AUUACCCAUCACGUAUUCAGGUAACAUCCUAGAGCAGCGCUGUAAUUGCAAAGAGAGGCGGACACGUUCGCCUUCCGGACGAGAGGGACGGCCGCAGGGCUUCUUCCGUGAAACCCUCGUCCAUUUCCCUUUCGAUCCACUCCCAUCCUCCCUCCCUUUCUUCCUCCUCUCGAUCACCUCCCACUACCUACCAAGAACUGGAAUCAAGAGCCUUUUCUUGAUCUUGAUAGAUCCCGGAUCGCACCCUUCCCUUUAACUCGAAGCGACCUUUCCGUCGCUUUCUCGUUCGAUUCCGGUAGCGAGGCUUUCGGGCAAUCGCCGGAUGGAAUUUGGUGGGCUCGCGCUGUCGUGAAUUUGUGUUUGGAGCACCGAGAGAGGAAAUAUUUAUUCCCGGGCGAUCUUCUGGUCCCAGCAUGUUGGAUUCGGCGUCAGCUAUUGUCGCAGCUAUGGAAGCCCGAUUCAGCAAUCUGGAGCUCAUUGGGAGGGGAUCGUUCGGCGACGUCUUCAAAGGGUUUGACAAGGAGCUACACAAAGAGGUUGCUAUUAAAGUUAUUGAUCUAGAGGAAGCAGAGGAUGAUAUUGAAGAUAUUCAAAAGGAAAUUUCAGUUUUGUCCCAGUGCCGGUCUCCAUAUAUUACUGACUACUAUGGCUCCUAUCUCCAUCAAACCAAACUGUGGAUAGUAAUGGAAUACAUGGCUGGUGGUUCUGUUGCUGACCUUCUUCAAAGUGGUCCUCCUCUGGAUGAAAUGUCUAUUGCAUGCAUUCUACGGGACUUACUGCAUGCACUUGAGUAUCUUCACAGUGAAGGAAAAAUUCAUAGAGAUAUAAAAGCGGCAAACAUUCUGCUGACAGAAAAGGGAGAAGUCAAGGUUGCAGACUUCGGUGUUUCUGCACAAUUAACAAAAACAAUAUCUAGGAGAAAGACAUUUGUUGGAACCCCAUUUUGGAUGGCUCCUGAGGUCAUUCAGAAUUCAGAUGGAUACAAUGAAAAGGCGGAUAUAUGGUCUCUAGGCAUAACUGCGAUAGAAAUGGCAAAAGGUGAACCUCCUUUGGCGGAUAUCCAUCCAAUGAGGGUUCUUUUCAUGAUACCACGUGAAAAUCCUCCCCAGCUUGAUGAGCACUUCUCUCGGCCAAUGAAGGAAUUUGUAUCAUUCUGUUUAAAGAAAACUCCUAUGGAGAGACCUAGUGCCAAGGAGCUUCUCAAGCAUCGUUUUAUCAGAAAUGCUCGAAAAAGUCUAAGGCUCUUGGAGAGAAUAAGAGAGUGCCCAAAGCUUAAUCUAAAGGAAGGUAUGGAAACCCAGAGAAGUGGUCAACAAGUUUAUGAGGGCGGAAUAAGAACCAUCAGAGUGGUGAGGGAUAUGAGAGAUGAAGGAACAGGCACUGUCAGAGUGGUCAGAGAUGCAAGGGAUGAAGGAACAGGCACCAUCAGAGUGAUGAGGGAUGCAAGAGAGGAAAAUGCUCAUUCCUGUUGGUAUGUUAGCGUGGUUGGAUCACAGGCUACAGGGACUGUCUGCAGUGCUAUUAAGCCACCGCUAGUUGCUAUGAUGAGAGAAAAAGGAUCUGAUGCUUCCUACAGUCCUAAUAUGACAAGAAAGACAGCAGAUGGAGAAAAUCCUUGGAUGCGUGCAUCAGGAAAUGCAUUUGAUGCAUCAACUACUGGAACGAUAUUGUGGAAAGAAUCUGAAAGUGAACAGGAUCCUAGAAGACUGGAAAGUUCUUUAGAAGAUUCCUGUUUUAUUUUAUUUUAUUUUUUUGCAUUUCCUUUCUGCAGCAGCUUUGCUACGUUUCAUAUGUCACUUUUGCUUGUGUCAUUGUAUUUUUAAAAUUCAUCUUCACUUUUGCAUAACUUGGCCAUUUAAAGAAACUGGCAAUGAAAUUCAAGUCGUUUGCUUGUAGUUUUAA